AUGAUGAAAAAGUUUAAUGUCUCCGGAAGAGCAGACGUUGUCAUCGGAGGAGGACACGGUGUCUUCGGAGGAGGCGACGCUGUCUUCGGAGGAGGAGACGCUGUGUUCGGAAGUGUAGAUACUGUCUUCGGAGGAGGAGACCGUGUCUUGAGAGGACUAGAUGGUGUCCUGAGGAGAGAAAACGGUUUCUUCGGAGGAGGAGAUGCUGUUUUCGGUGGAGGAGACGGUGUAUUUGGAGGAGGCGACGCUGUCAUCGGAGGAGGAGAUGGUGUCAUCGGAGGAAGAGAUGGUGUUUUGGGAGGGGGAGACGAUGUCGUGGGAGGAUUAAAUGGUGUCCCGGGAGGAGGAGACGGUGUCUUGGGAGGAAGAGACGGUGUCUUCGGAGGAGGUAACGCUGUCAUCGGAGGAGGAGACGGUGUCUUCGGAGAUGGAGACGUUGUCUUCGGAUGUGCAGAUGCUGUCUUCGGAGAAGGAGACGGUGUCUUCGGAGGAGGAGACGGUGUCUUGGGAGGAUUAGAUGGUGUCAUGGGGAGAGAAGACGGUUUCUUCGGAGGAGGAGAUAUUGUUUUCGGUGGAGGAGAUGGUGUAUUUGGAGGAGGCGAAGCUGUCAUCGGAGGAGGAGAUGGCGUCAUCGGAAGAGGAGACGCUGUCUUCGGAGGAGGAGACGGUGUCUUCGGAAAA